GCUGGGAGCAAGCACCGUGAGCACCGGGCAGCACCAUUUCACCACCGACACAGCCCCGGGGCCAGGCGGCCAUGGCUCCGCCCUCCCUAGCUGCACGCACGGGCCAGCAUGCCGAGAGAAUGAAGUGAACGUGAUGGAGCCGGUACCAGCCCCGGGCUCCGGACUCAGCGCAACCGCGACCCGGGGGAUAUCGCUCUUCGUUUGGAUUAUCAUAUACAUUUCCUGUGGCCUGGAUAUUACUCAAGGAGCAACUGAAGAUGUGGACAUUCUUCAGAAAUUGGGUCUCAUGGGAAACAAAUCCUCUGUGCGCCCAAUCCCCCAGGGGGUUAUCCCAUUUAAGUCUGGAGUUAUUUUGACACAGCGAUCACGCGUUGAAGCUCCUAAUCAGGCAGUUUUACCACCAAGUUUAGGAACAGAUUUCACCAUUAUUUUGAGCUUGUGCUCACACCGUAUUAACAAUGCUUUUCUGUUUUCUGUCAAAAGCAAAAAGAAAAAACUUGAACUUGGGGUGCAGUUCAUCCCAGGUAAAAUUGUAGUUUAUGUUGGUCAUAAGCAAUCUGUAUAUUUUAAUUACAACAUCCAUGAUGGCAAGUGGCACAACAUGGCCAUUGAUAUUCAAGGCCAGAAGGUGACUCUCUACACUUCUUGUGGGAAGCAAAGAGUAAAUGCAGUUUUGCAUACUAAGAAAGAUAACUCGUUGGAUCCUGAAGGUAUUUUCCUGUUGGGGAAAUUAAAUCAGCACUCGACACAAUUCGAAGGUGCUAUUUGCCAGUUUGAUUUUUAUCCUCCUGCCAAGGCAGCUCAUAAUUACUGUAAAUAUCUCAAGAAGCAAUGCAGGCAAGCCGAUACUUACAGGCCGAACCUGCCCCCUCUGGUUCCUCUCCUUCCCAAAGAAGUAUUGUUUUCUCUCAGUACUGUGCUGCCAUUGAGACCUGUAAAUAACCUCACCACCGUUGCACCUCGUUUGGCGAUCACACAAGGAAGCGUGUCAGCCAACACAAAGGGUUCUGCUUUAGUUAAGAUUUCUUCUUUAAAACUAACCACCAAAGCACCUGCAUUGCUGGCCUUGACUUCUCCGAUUCCCCAUAGGACUGAUAGUCCGGUCUCCUCAAGUGCGGUCACUAGGAUUUCUGCUACAGCCGUCAGGAUAACUCAGGCGAUUUCUUCUCCAGUGGGAAAUGUUUUACUCACCACAACCAAGAAGGGCCUGUUCACCAGCCCCAACAGUACUGUACAUAAGAAACAGACAGGUAAAGAAACCAAGAAGGUCUACCAAAAAACUACCACCAAACCACCCACCACUUCUGCCCCCUCCAAACAGGUAAAAAAGACCACAGCAAGCACCAAAACUAUGUUUGUCACCACUGCAAAGCAAACAACUGAUAAGAGAGCUAGCACCCUCAACCCAAAGAAUCAAACCUCUGUGAACAUGAAGGUUGUACCGACAGCCUCUCUACUCUAUACUAAACCAGCAUCUGGGAUGACUCCACCAACGACCAGCUUCCCUGUUACCCAACUGUACCAGUGGCUGGAUCCAACUCCUUUUCCAUUUCUGAUGGGACCUCCAGGACCUAAAGGGGAUCUAGGUUUGCCAGGUCCUCCUGGUUCACCAGGUCUUCCUGGUCCCCCUGGGAAGAGAGGUCCGCGGGGCCCUCCCGGACCCCAUGGGAAUCCUGGUUCUCCUGGUUUGCCUGGCCCUAAGGGUCAGAAAGGUGAUCCUGGCAUUUCUUCUGGAAAAGCAUUGAACGGAUUAAAGGGGGAUCCUGGUUUGCCUGGCUUAACAGGACUUCCGGGGCCACUAGGUCGGAAGGGACAGAAAGGUUACCCCGGACCUCGCGGUCAUCCUGGUGAACCGGGUGAGCGUGGACCGAAUGGAAACCCAGGAGCCAAAGGUUAUCCUGGCAGGCAGGGGUUACCUGGACCGGUAGGAGGUGCUGGCCCAAAAGGAAGCCGGGGCUUCAUUGGUCCACCAGGGUUGUUUGGGUUACCUGGAGGUGAUGGAGAACGCGGUUUGCCUGGAGUUCCCGGGAAGAGGGGCACGAUGGGUAGGCCGGGAUUUCCCGGGGAUUUUGGAGAAAGAGGGCCGCCAGGAUUGGACGGAAACCCUGGCGAGUUAGGGCCGCCCGGCCCUCCUGGUGUCCCAGGAUUCAUUGGUGACGUGGGCGCAAUUGGACCCAUUGGCUUUAUGGGACCCAGGGGUAUGAAGGGGCUGCCAGGGAACCCUGGAGAAUCUGGACUGAAAGGUGAUAAGGGCGUUCAGGGAUUUCCAGGGUUACCAGGAGAUGUUGGAUUUCAAGGAGAUAAGGGCAGUCAAGGUCUUCCUGGUCCGCCUGGAUUGAGAGGGAAGCCAGGUCCUGCGGGAAAACCAGGAGAUAAAGGUUUUGCAGGUUUUCCAGGCCCUCCAGGUCCCGAGGGUUUUCCAGGGGAUAUUGGACCUCCAGGGCAAAACGGACCAGAGGGUCUAAAGGGAAAACCGGGUGCCAUAGGAUUCCCGGGGCCCCGAGGCCAGCCUGGGCAAGAGGGAGAUGAGGGACCGAUUGGGCCACCAGGAGUUCCAGGUCUGGAGGGGUUUCCGGGCAGAAAGGGGUUCCCUGGUCUACCUGGACCUGAUGGUCUGAAGGGUGAGCCAGGAAACACAGGAAAAGCUGGGAAAAUUGGUGAACAGGGACCUCCAGGAUUUAUUGGCCCUGUAGGGGAGACAGGGAUAGCGGGUGAGAAGGGUGACCGUGGUGGGAUUGGAAGCCCAGGACCCCCUGGUGUUAAGGGAACGAUGGGUCAUACUGGUAACCCAGGACCUGCGGGUCCCCCAGGCCCCCCUGGACCACCUGGUUUGCAAGGGUCGCGGGGGUCGCCAGGUGUGCGGGGACCAAAAGGUCGACGGGGUGCCAGGGGCCCUGAUGGACCACCGGGAGGGCCCGGACUACCAGGUACCAAGGGCCCACGUGGGAUACAGGGCAAGCAAGGUCUUACUGGUCAACAGGGCAAGAUGGGUGAGCGAGGGCUUGUGGGACCACGUGGCUUUCCAGGAAUCCCAGGAUCCUCCGGCCCGCCUGGUGAAAAAGGAAUUCCAGGAAAUCCGGGGCCCCAGGGGCCACAAGGACCUGUUGGUGCUUUGGGUGAAAUCGGACACAAGGGACCUCUAGGGAAAAGAGGGGAACCAGGACCUCCAGGUGAACCAGGCAUGAAGGGAGACCUCGGACCAUUGGGGAUUUCAGGAGAGCAGGGUCUGAUCGGGCCAAGGGGAGAGACUGGGCUGGAGGGGGACAGUGGCCCAGUAGGACCCGACGGUAUGAAGGGAGAAAAUGGCGAGCCAGGCCCUGAAGGCGAUAGAGGAGAGAAAGGUGCGGAAGGUCUUGUGGGAAAAGAAGGACCCCCUGGGGACUCUGGGAUUCCUGGCGUAAGAGGCAUGGAAGGAAAGCCAGGGAAACAGGGCGAGAAGGGCAAACCAGGACGCAAGGGUGACAAGGGAUUUCAAGGGCAGCUUGGUGAGACAGGGCUUCCAGGGAAAAUCGGACCAACAGGGAAUCCAGGACCUAAGGGAAGCCGGGGCACCCUUGGGCCUGUGGGCCCUCCAGGGAGGAUGGGUGCUCAGGGAGAACUGGGAAUCCGUGGCUAUCAGGGUCAUGCAGGACCCCCUGGUCCAAUCGGCCCCCCAGGACCAAAAGGAGAAAAGGGAGAACAGGGCGACGAUGGGAAGACGGAAGGUGCCCCUGGAUCUCCUGGUGACAGAGGGCCAGUUGGUGAUCGUGGAGAUAGAGGAGAGCCCGGAGACCCUGGAUAUCCUGGUCAAGAAGGACCCGAAGGGCCCAGAGGAAGCCCAGGACAACAAGGGUUACCGGGCCACUCUGGACCAGCAGGCUUUCGGGGACUACAAGGAGCAAAAGGAGCUAUGGGACAGAAGGGCAAGCCUGGAAAACUAGGUGAAGCAGGUGCACGUGGUCUUCAUGGUGCAAUAGGAAUGCCUGGUCCUCGGGGAGUGGUUGGAAGACAAGGACAGGAAGGUCCACCAGGACCUGAUGGGAUUCCAGGGAAGGAUGGGGGCCCUGGACUUCCAGGGGAACAAGGUGAUGAUGCAGAGGUUGGUCCUGCUGGCAUGGCAGGAAAGCGAGGGAAUACUGGACCUCCAGGAAUGCCUGGCGCUCAAGGACCAAUAGGAUACAAGGGUGAAAGAGGGUUACCAGGGCAAAUGGGACUGCCUGGUAUUCGUGGAAUUGAAGGAGGCAUGGGGCUUCCAGGACUAAAAGGGGAACUGGGACCUAAAGGGUAUCCGGGGGAUCCUGGGGAAGCUGGUUUUCCUGGCAUAGCUGGAUUAUUUGGACCAAAGGGACCCCCUGGAGAUAUUGGAUUCAAGGGCAUUCAAGGACCCAAAGGUCCUCCAGGUUUGAUGGGAAAUGAAGGUGCUAUUGGUCUUAUGGGAAUUAUGGGUCCCACUGGAGUACCAGGUCCAGCAGGAGACAAAGGGAAUCAAGGAGACACAGGAGUAGCAGGCCCUCGGGGUCCUCCUGGUCCACGUGGAAAACCCGGCCCACCGGGUCCUCCAGUGUUCGCUGAUUCAUUUAAGCAUGAGGAUAUCAGUGCAGCUUACCAAGCCCUCAUGGACUACAGUGGACCGUCCUAUCGGAGUACUGACUUCAUGUUAAUUGAUCACGGAGGAGAAAUUUUUAAGACCCUACACUACCUCAGUAGCCUCAUACAGAGUAUCAAAAACCCACUGGGCACAAGAGACAAUCCUGCUCGUAUCUGCAGAGAUCUGAUGAAUUGCCAGCAGAAGUUGGGAGAUGGCACUUACUGGAUUGAUCCCAAUGUUGGCUGUUCUUCGGACACUAUAGAAGUCACAUGCAACUUUACACAGGGUGGUCUGACAUGUCUCAAGCCUAUCACAGCAUCCAAGUUGGCAUUUGAAGUUGGUCGUGUGCAAUUGAACUUCCUCCACCUGCUCAGUACAGAGGCUGUACAGCACAUAACCAUUCACUGCUUGAAUGUAUCAGUAUGGGGACUAACAUCGUCGGACACAUCUUCCCAGAGGACAGUGAGAUUUAAGGCUUGGAACGGACAGAUAUUUGAAUCUGGGGGACAAUUUCAACCAGAGGUUUCUCUGGAUGACUGCAGGCUACAGGAUGGACGCUGGCACCAGACCAUCUUUACAUUUCGGACUCAGGACCCAACUCAGUUGCCAAUUGUUGACAUAUUAAAUCUCCCUCCAUCCAGCCCUGGAAGGUCUCUUCACCUUGAAGUUGGAAGUGUCUGCUUCCUGUGAACCUGGGUAUCAAGCUUUGCAUCCUUCAGACGAUUUAAGAACAGUAGCGGACCUUAAAAAAACCUCUUAUCCUAAGAAAAGGAUGAAGCCAGCCUCAUGACUUGCAAAUAAACUUAAAGCUCAACAAAUGAACCGGGGCUCCAACAGUCUCCCCAGUGUAAAGAAGUCUGAGGAGAUAUGGGAUUUAACAAAGACAAGCCAAAUCCUACACACCUGACACAAGGGAAAUGUGUGAGGCCGUGGUAAUCUAGAGGAUUACAUAGCAACCAGUCACACACAUGAGCGACAAACAUCCCUAUGAAACCAGAUAAUCUAUGGUUAGUCCCCUUUUCUGCCGGGGAGCUUUUAAUUGAGAAACAUUUGGGAUAAACAAGGCAGAACGCAUUGAGAAGUGCAAUAUGAAAUACAAUGUAAAAAAAAAGUGAAAAAAAAAAGGAAACAGAUUAUAAAUAUAUAUAAAUAUAUAUAUAUUAUUUAACAGAAUUAAGUGUAGUAACUCCCCCACUUUUCUGUGAAGGACGGUGGGGGAAGUCAAAGCUUUUUACGAAGAGCAAAGUGACUGGUGCAAAGAGGAGAGGUUUACCAGAAUGGUGCUACCUCCCACUGUGAAAAUCUCUGGUGCUUUGAAGCUUUAUUUUUUAUUUGAAGCUAUUUAAAGGUGCUGAUGCCUUUCCACGUCAGUGGGGGGACACUUGGCUUUAUUGUUGUUGUUUUUUUUAGGGAGCAAUAAAUGCUUUCUAUUUUAUAGGCCCCUUCACUCCUGAAACAAUUUUUAUGGAGAUUUUUUUUCUAUGGAUUAUUAUGACAUAUCUAGGAUUCAUUUUAUGUUUAAAAUACCAGCCACGCAAAAGGUGUUUUUUUUUGUUUUGUUUUUUUUAACCAUCAUGUAAUAUUUAUGUAGCACUGACCGGUAACAAAUCCAUGUUUUGCUUUUGGUGCUCAUAGUAAGUCAUAAUUAUUCAUACAAACUAACAUAGCUCAUACUUCGUUAUAAGCAGAGUUUCCCCUGGCUAUAGGGGGGAAUACUUUUACUAAGUUAGGGUAGAAAAGUCACCAAUACUGCAAAUUUGACACAUUGGGGCAUAUUUAUCAAACUCCGAAUGGAGCUUGAUGCCCCGUGUUUCUGGCGAGCCUGCAGACUCGCCAGAAACAGCAGUUAUGAAGCAGCGGUCACAAAGACCGAUGCUCCAUAACCUUUCCGCCUGCUCUGAGCAGGCGGACAGACAUCGCCGGAAAUCAACCCGAUCGAGUACGAUCGGGUUGAUUGACACCCCCCGCCGGCGGCCUAUUGGCCGCGAGUCUGCAGGGGGGCGACGUUAAACCAGCAGCUCUUGUGAGCUGCUGGUGCAAUGCUGAAUAUGGCGAGCGUAUUGCUCGGCGUAUUCAGCGAGGUCUGUCGGACUUGAUCCGCACUAUCGGAUCAGGUCCGACAAACCUUGAUAAAUAGAGGCCAUUAACAUGACCUGCCCUUACAAUUUUGUGGUAGUUUGUAGCCAAUUUCUGUUCUGAUAAUUCUGAUUCUUACACUAUAGACAAGUGUCGCCUAUUUUAUGUUAAAGAGAAACCAUUAUAAUUUUCUAUUGUGUGUUUAAAAGACUAAAUGUAACCAUGCCACAUUAAUUUAAAAAAAUAGAGAAUUCUGCUCACAGAGCCUAUUGAUGCCCUUUAUGACUAGUUUCUUUGCACAUAGUUCAGCAACUGUUUUAUUUCAUUCAUUCAAGUUCUAUUCAUUUUCCUAUGUACAAACAACAGAAUUGUCUUGAAAACAUUUUAAAGUAGUAUCAUUGAUGCUUCACUCACACACACACUCAACUACAACUUGUGUAAUGUUUAAUACAAUGUUGCACAUUCCUUUUAUUUUAAAUAGGUGACAAGAGUUUUAAAAAAAAAAAUGUGUGUCCCAAAUUAAGCAGUUAUUAUGUGAAGGAUUCUGGAAGUUUUAUUUUGGUUACAUAAAACUUGUAGUACCAAAACAAAAUAACUCAGGGAUGAAGGGAUAAAAACAUUCUAACACAAAUGAUAAAUUAAAAAAAAUAUAUCAAAUGUUCUUUUUUUUAUUUAAAUUGUGUUUAUAUAUUUUAUUGAAAUAUUUUUGUAGGCUUUGCGUUCUUGUGAAUUUGUACCAAAGAAAUUUUUAUUCAUAGAUUAUCUUUUUUUUUUUGUUUCACUGCUUGGUUGUAUAAAUUGCUUCCAGAAUCUGUAAGAAUUUCUACUUAAAGGAAUUAGCUGAAUGUCUAGUGCUGCGUUUGUGCAUUUUGCUCCCUGUCUAGAAUCUCACACCAAGGAAGGAGGGUGGGGGGUGGGGUGGGGGUUAAUCUGAUAUUAACAUUAAUUUAAGUGCAACUCUUUUUAAAUCACCUUGCUCUGUUAAAAGAGAAAUAUGUUGCUGAAGACCCAACUGGCUUUGGAGUAUGUUUUGUAGAAAUAUUAGAGUCUAUGUGUAAAUUUGGAGCUAAAAAAGAGUAUCUGUCUUGUUCUAUAUAUUAUUGUAAUCUAGGCUGUACUGUAAAGAAAAUGCAAUGUGUUAUGUUUAGAAAGAUUCAUUCGUUGUUUGUUUUAAAGUCUGUCUUUUUUUAAUUCUUAUACUGUCAUAAAAACAUCAAGGUCCUUCAGAAUACCUCACCAUAUGAUUUGGGGGCUCUUUUACUACAUUAUCAUUUUACUACAAUUUUCAUCAAUUAUUUUAUGAAUUCAAUCUUCAUUUUACUCUACACAUUCCAAAAAAACAUCCACACGCCUACAUGUACACAGACUCUCUCUUUCUCUCACUUUCUCUUCCUUUCUGCCCCUUGUCAUUUUGCCUGUAUCAGGGUGUUGGAACCAUCAUCCACAUUAACAUUGUUUUGAAGAAGAAAAUAAAAGAUGAAUAUUUCAAAAUUAUACAA